GGAGGGGCGCGCCGGUGGCCGCCGCGCGGCGGUUGGUGACGGGCGCGGGGGGCGGCGGGGGCCGGGCGGUCUGCGGGGCGAUGUGAGAGCGGCGGCGGCGGCGGGCCCUGUCGCGCUCCCCCAGCCGCGCUCCCCCAGCCGCGCUCCCUUCGCCUCCCCUCGCUCGCGCCGUCCCUGCGGCGGCAGCGGCGGCGGCGGCUCCCGCCGGCCUCCGCGGCCGGGCCCCGCGUUAUGUCGUGAUCCCGGGCGGGCGGCGCUGCUGCUGCUGCUCAUGGGGCUGCUCAGGAUUAUGCUGCCGCCCAAGUUGCAGCUGCUGGCGGUGCUGGUCUUCGGGGUGGCCGUGCUCUUCCUGGAGAACCAGAUCCAGAAGCUGGAGGAGUCCCGCGGCAAGCUGGAAAGGGCUAUUGCAAGACAUGAAGUCAGAGAAAUAGAGCAACGUCAUACAGUAGAUGGCCCGCGACAAGAUGUGACACUGGAUGAAGAAGAUGAUGUGGUGAUUAUUUACAACAGAGUACCUAAGACUGCCAGCACAUCCUUCACAAAUAUUGCCUAUGAUCUUUGUGCAAAGAACAAAUAUCAUGUUCUACAUAUCAAUACAACCAAAAAUAAUCCUGUUAUGUCUCUGCAAGAUCAGGUCCGAUUUGUGAAGAAUGUGACUUCCUGGAAGGAAAUGAAACCAGGAUUUUACCAUGGACAUAUAUCUUACUUGGACUUUGCAAAAUUUGGUGUUAAAAAGAAACCAAUUUACAUAAAUGUCAUAAGAGAUCCUAUAGAACGACUAGUUUCUUAUUAUUACUUUCUGCGCUUUGGAGAUGAUUACAGACCAGGGCUACGGAGGCGAAAACAGGGGGAUAAAAAGACCUUUGAUGAAUGUGUGGCAGCUGGAGGUUCAGACUGUGCUCCAGAGAAACUUUGGCUUCAAAUUCCGUUCUUCUGUGGCCACAGCUCCGAAUGCUGGAAUGUGGGAAGCAGAUGGGCUUUGGAACAAGCCAAAUACAAUCUGAUUAAUGAAUACUUCCUAGUGGGAGUUACUGAAGAGCUUGAAGACUUUAUCAUGUUAUUGGAGGCGGCUUUGCCCCGGUUCUUCAGGGGUGCCACAGAACUGUAUCGUACAGGAAAGAAGUCCCAUCUUAGGAAAACAACUGAGAAAAAACUUCCCACAAAAGAAACUAUUGCCAAGCUACAACAGUCUGAAAUCUGGAAAAUGGAGAAUGAGUUCUAUGAAUUUGCACUGGAGCAAUUUCAGUUUGUCAGAGCACAUGCAGUUCGGGAAAAAGAUGGAGAACUGUAUAUUCUGGCUCAAAACUUUUUCUAUGAAAAGAUUUACCCUAAAUCAAACUAAGAACACUAUACUGUUAGAUUUAUGGACCUAAAUCUUUGGUCACAUCGUCAUCUUAGUCCUCAGCCAUGGAAACUAGAUUGCUUGUAGACCUCCAAGACGUUUCUUUAUAGAUCUGAGAAAAAUGGGCUGUGGAUCACCUCCAGGGCGUUGGAUACCAGCUAACUAUGUUGGUAAUCCAGAAGCAAAGGCUUCAUUUCUUUUAUCUAACUAGUACUUUCAGUGGGAGUUAAUAUCCUUUACCUGAAGAAAUCUACACUUUAAUUCGGAGCAAUUAAUAUACAGCAGUUCUAGUUGAAAAUAUAAACAAAAAAUGCUUCUGUUGAUGCUCUUUUUAAUUUUCAUUUUUUUAUUUUCAUUUAUACUUCUGUGAAGAGGAAAUAAUUUUUCCCAGCUUUCAACAUGGAAAUUUUGAUUGUGUACAACAUGAAUAGUGUUAAUAACUGGUUGACAUCUGUGCUUUGUUUUUGUGAACCAUGUCACAUGAUAUUGAUUGGGAUGGUUAAUCAUGUUCUGCUGAGAAAUGCUGCUGCUGCUGGAAUUGCCCAUAUUUAUAUAUGUGGUUUUAUUAAAAAAUUACAACUAAUCAUUAGUGUUAAAACAUCAUUUCCACGUUAAUAUUGUAAAAAGUUAAAGAAUCAGAGCAGUGGGGUUUUUGUUUUAUUUUCUAUCCCCACCACCACUGACUGAGGUUGGGAAAACUAUGAAGAAAGUUGGUAUUGUCUGCAGUUCUAGUUGAUCCUUACACAGUGGUAUAAAAAUCGUAAAUUCAGUAUUAAGUUUCUCCAUGGAUUCUUUGUAAUAAUUGUAAACUGAGGUAUUGGUGAAUCCAUAUUAUGACUCCAUUAGUGAGCUGUGGUAUGGUUAGGGUUUUCCUACUACUUCGAUACUUUUACCUGUAGAAUAUUUUUACUAAGGUGCUUUAUAAUGUGUUUUAAAGCAUUGCAUUUACAAAAGGAGUAAAAUGCUGUAAAUACUGCUUAUUUUAUGUAUUUGGACCAAAAGGUUUAAAGUAACUAGUUUAAAGUGUUUUUUUGCACCAGUUCUGUUAUGUGUGAAGUGAAAAACAUCACAUCUACUUCCUGGUAAACUGUUGGACAUUGCUGAAAUGCACUUCAGUGACCUCUCUGACUUCAAUACCAGAACGUUGUCCAGGGAUUCUCUUUACAGAAAUGUAGUCCUUGUCCUUUUAUUAUGGUAAGAGGGAAAGAAGAAAAAUGUCAUGUGUAGUCUGGUUGAGAAAGAUGCAGUGAACUUGAUUGACAUAAUUGUAUUUAUGUAACUGCCUUAUGUGACUGUUGUAAAUUUGUGAGUUGCCAUUAUUAACAAUGUGAAACACCUGGUAGAUGAAGUAAAUUGAAAUUUGAGAACAGAUGUUUGGGGCCACUGCAUUAUAGCAAAUGGCAGUGGAGAACUACAAGAAUUUUCCUAUUGAAUUUCUUAAAGAUCUGAGUAUUUACACAUCUUACACCUGCCUUUUCUUAAAGUGCUUUUCACAGGGUUUAAUGGGGGAAGGCACUGAGGAGACAAAGUAAGGAAUGGUGGUAAAGGUUUAAAUUCCUAAGGGAUGAUGCUGAAAGCUUAGUUUAAAAUUACCAAGUGGAGUUUCUUUAACCAGCUUGUUCUUGUAAUGAAAACAAAGGAAAUGGAAAACGGUCUGUGAACUGGAUGUCUGCAGCCAAAAGCAACAGCCCAAUUACAGAGAGGAUAAUGAGAGACUAUCAAGUAUAUCUUGCAUUUUCUUUGUGUUCUUGGAUUUUUCCCUUUGAAUUUUAAAAAUAGAUCUCGCUUUGUUCUUCCCAAAUAAUCAGGGAAUUUCCUUCUGAUAGCUUACCAUUUAUAUAGCAUGAACCAUGCAUAAGAUUUCCUGUUCUAGUUCUUGUCUAUUGACGUCAUUAAUAUUGCCAACAUGUUUGGGAAUAGGAUGUGUGAGUUCACACGUGAAGACAUGUUUCCUACCUAAGGAAAGGAACCAAGGAGUCAUACACAAGAAGUAGCUAACGGAGAUCUAAAAAUUUUCAUAAGAAAGCAGUAACUUUUUUGGAAAAAAAUUAGUAUUUAUAAUCCCAGCAAAGAUUAUCCACUCAGUGAUAGUUUUAUGUUAGGUAUUAUUUUGACUAUGUUGUUUUCCUUCAGAAUAAUUUGGAUCAGUUUACCUUCUUGAGUCUCCUCCAGAAUUUUCAAAAGAGUACCUCUAAGAGAGCAGAAGAGUUUACUAAGUGAAAAUAUAAAAUAUUCAUCUAAGUAACGAAAUAGGUGUGUAGACAAAUGCUUCUGUAUUGACAAGAAACAAAUAGGCAAAACUUCUACUGGUUUCAGUAGGGUCUACAGAAACCUCUUCUAUUCUAUAAGCAAUUUUUAAUGUUGUGUUUCUUUUUUUUCCUUCCAGGAUUUAGAAUUUCUUAAUUAUGAGUAUUCAGUAACAAAAAUAAUAGAACAACGUAAUUCUUUUUUACUUUUAAGAGCAAUAUAUUUUUCAUAGUUCAUAUAAGAAAACACAUUUUGUUCAAUCAGGUAUCACUUCCUGUUCUUUGCUGUGAACUGACAGGGUUGAGACAAACAAGAAUUUUAGGAAUAUUUUUAAAAAAUGCUAGCUGCAAUUGGAGAGGUAUUCAUUCCAGACAUACUCUGAAAGUGUUGUCUGUGGAACACAGAAGGAAUCAAGACUGUCUACUUUUAUAUCUAGUGCAACCAUUAAGUCAACUGUGAACUUUUAGAAUCCUUUGAAUUCAGACCUAUCAAACUUGGAUUUCCUAAAAGACAGUUUAGGGAAAGGAGCUUUACAGAUUUUUAAUAACCUGGUCUUUUCAUCUUGUAUUCAGAAAUGGAAACAAUCCAAAUUGUUGGUAUUAAAAAUAUUUUACAGUAUAUAAACAGAAUGUAUCUUGUGUAUUUUCCCUUAAUGACUAUAGUGAAAAGCAGCAAUACAUGGAUUUUUGUUGUUGCAGGUUGUAUGAUCAGUAAACUUACUAUGCAACCUCCUGAACAUGGAUCUUUUAACUGAAGUCACUGUAGUCACUGCACAGGAGUGAGAUUGGCUUUUUGCAGGGCUAAGUUCGUUUGAAAGGUGCUGAAAUGCUCCUAUCUAUCUAUCUAUCUAUAUGGUUGAGAGUAGGUUUUGUUACACUGUUCUGUACUUUUUGUACAAAAUUAACAACCAGAUUUUGUGCAAAACUGUAGCCCUGUUGAAACUCUUAAUGUCAGCAUAAUGGAGCCAGGUCUGGCUGUGCUGGUAGCUACAUAGCCAUAACCACAGUAUGCCUGGAGCACAGCGCUUGUGAUACACCAGGCAGUGUUGACAGGAGAGCAAGAGUGUUUUUAGCUCCUUCCCCUAAUAAUUCUGCAGCCAUGCAACAAGAAUUUCACUCUUAUUUUGUUAGUGCGUCUAUAAGCAGACACAAGGCUAGGGUGCAGAAUGUUCUAUGUGCACGUUCCCACUUGUUCUGAGUUCAUUUUCAAGCAGUCUCUCUAUUAAUGAUACGCUGAUCAUGGCUUCAUUUUCAAACAGGCAUGGAAAUUUAUAGCUAUACAAUACAGGAGAGGAAGAAGCAGCCCAUCCUGGUCAUUUGAAAUGCCUUUUCUGGGUAGUUAGUUUUUCUGAAGAUACUUAACUAUUUUUAAUUUCCAGGAAUAAACAGUUGCUUAUUUAUGGUCUCAGAGCAGUUCUAUUUUAUGUCAGGGAAAAUUCACUUAUUUUCUGUUACAAUUCUGCUAAAAUUUUCCAUUAAGCUUACCUGGCGUUGCUAAGUGUGUAUAUGACAAAAAGGUAAAUAGAUGAUGCUCUCUGAACUGUACUGCUUAAGCAGUUGGUGGAAAAGCCUGAUUCAAGUGCACUGCCAAUUUGGCUCUUCAGAACCGGAGCAUAUUUUGUGACUACUAGAGAUUAAACUUAAGGAAACUGUAAGGCUGCUUAGUUGCAUGGAUGCUUCCUUUGCUGUAAGCCUAUGCAACUAUGUAACCUUUGCAGCAGUAUUUAUAGAACAAGCCCUCUUCCUGAGACUUUUCUGGAGCAUAAUUAUAAAUGUUCAUACACUUGUACUGUCUGAUAUUUACAUCAGCAGCUUUCUGUAGCUUCUGUAAAAAGAGACAGGUUUGUGAGCAUUUCUAAAGCAGUACUGAAUGUAAUUUUGAAAAACAUGGAUUGUGCUUCAUUACUUUUUUCUUUUUUAACACACACACAGCUAAAUAGUGCCUUUUUUCCUCACAAUCCAUGUUGAAGAUGCUCGCUCCCACUCACCCUACGUAAAUUGAUUCGUUUGUGCAAUACUGUUCCAACUUGAAACCAUUUUGUCACAGCUGUUUGAGAAAUAAUCUCCAUUUUUCCUUACUAUGCUGCCAGCUUUCUGUUGUUGAAGUGUUUCAGUUGAUUACCUAAUGCAAAUGCUAUAAAAUAAAACACCCAGUGGGAAGGGGAAAGAAAAGAA